AUGAAGUACUACGAAGACGAAAAGAGAGACUACAACCCUGAAGAUAUCUUUGAUAAUUUUGAUAUCGAAUUGGACUACAAACUUAAUUUAACUACAGUCUUUUCAACCUUCGUUAACUCUCUUGGCGAUGUAUGGAAGGCUAGAAAGGAUCUGUUUGUCACAGCAGCUAUGUACUAUAAAACUGUGGACAUGCCGGAGUAUCACGACAUCAAUGAUGAAAAUGGAGAAACUAUAGAAGAAGACGCAGAAGAUCCUUUUGAAAAUGAAUUCAUUGUAUCAAGAGAGAAUGUUGAGAAGAAAUGUUUGCGAAUGUCAGGAAUGAAACUAAACAAAAAUGGUGCUAAUGAAUUCUUGACGAAAUCAGACCAGAAAAAUGUACGAAUUUCUGAAUUCAAGGAUGCUGUUGUUCAACUGAUUUCUGAAGUGGAAAUGGUUGAGAAGCACAGAAUCGACAGGCUUCACAUACAGUCGCCAACGAGUAUUGUCAAUACAGCUGUCAAUGUAAUGCAGCAAGAGGAUUAUCAUGAAUUUGGUGACGAAUAUGAAUGA